GUCUCAAAUAACUUCACCGUUCAAAAAUUUCAAAUCCCUUUCCGCUGCGCCAAAUCCCUUUUCGCCUUUCGAAUCAUUCCCCUUCCGAACUCGAUCUGCUCAGGCGUCAUGUCGAGAAGGAGAGGAAACGGGAGGCCUCCGACGUCUCCGUCGUCGAUCCGAGGCCGAGAUGACGGCCAGGCGUCAGCUUGAUUUUUUUUUUAUUAUUUUUUUUUUCGUUUCGAAUCUGCUGGAACUGAGGCCGAGAUGACGACGAUCGAGCAACUCUUCAAGAGAAUCUUCGACCGCAAGUGCCGGAUCGAGGCCCAGCUGAGGCAGCAGGAAGAGUCGUAUGCCGAAUCCCUCGCCUACAGCCUUCUCGCCGACGGCAAACAGCCUCCUCCUUGGCUUUUGGAAUCUCAGAACGAGUUAAGCAGCAAGCAUUUUGCUCCUGGAAUCUCAUUUCCUCUUCCCACUCCUUCAGCACACGAAGUUUGCAUUUCUAAGGAGUAUACUCGUAAAGAACAUACUGAUGUAGCUACAAUUACCAGUCACCAAAAAGAUGAUCAAAGAGAUUGUGACAUCAUAUGCUCUGAAGUUGUUGAGGAUUCAUCGGUAUCUGGCUCCGUUGUAAGUAUCCAAUGUGGCUGGUCAAAGCAAAAGGACACCGAGGAGAAUCUUUAUGGAACAAAACAGAUUGCUAGUUUUGGAGACGAGGUGACUGUUGAAGGAAACACUAGGAGAAAAACUAGGUCAAUGGCUACAAUUUCAAUGUCUGGUCAUACUAUAGAACCUUCAUCUUCUAGGAACCCACUUUCUCUUCAUAGUAAAGUUGGUGAUAAAGCAGCUUCAUCUGAAGCACCUGUGGAAUGCAAUCCACGUAGAAUAAUUAGGUCAAAGCAAAAGGAACCUGAUGAGUAUCUUAAUGGAACAAAACAGAUUGCUAAUUUUGGAGACGAGGUGACUAUUGAAGGCAAUGCCAGGAGAAUAACUAGGUCAGUGGCUAGUUCUUUGAUUUCUGAUCAUGCUAUAGAACCAUCAUUUACUAGUAACUCUCUUGCUCUUCAUAGUAAAGUUGGUGAUAAAGCAGCUUCAUCUGGGUCACCUUUAGAACACAAUCCGCGUAGAAUAACUAGGUCAUUGGCUGCAUCCUUGAUUUCUGAUCAUGCUCCAGAAUUAUCAGUUGCAAGGAACUCAUUUGCUCUUCAAAGCAAAGCUGCUCAUGAAGCAUCUCCAUCUAGAUCACUUGAUUGCCCUGGGAACAUGCUACAGCUAUUGAGUUCUUUAGAAUAUUUAAGUGCAAAUCCUCAUGAUCCUGAGGGAAAGAUUCACUCUAGAUCUUGUGAAACUUCACAUGAUCUAGCUACAAUUUCCUGUGGGAUGGCAUGCACCAUUGAUUCUGAUCUGAAACAAUCUGUCAGAAGCUCAAUGGACACAAAAGAAGACAAUUACAAGACUAUGGUUGAGGAUAAAUCUGCCUGCAACCUAAAUCUAGCACCACAUGAUCUUCAGAUUGAUAAUUCUGUAUUACUGGGAGGUGAUGCUUGCCUAGAAUCUGAAGAGACUGAGUUUGCUGCACACAAUGUUUGUUGUAGCACAGUUGCCAACCCCAUUUUGAUUGUACAUGAUGUAGGAAAAGGAGGCAGGUUGACUGCAACUUCUGAUUCAACUCGACCAGCUUCUGGUGUUCCAUCACUAAAUCAUUCAUCAGAACCUAGAUACUCAUUGAGAAGUUUGAGUAGGGAUGGGAAGGUACUUUCUUAUUCAGACCCUGAUGGGUCUAGUAACAUAACUAGUUCAAAAAGUUCACGAAAUUUGGCAGCAAAAGCAUGUGAAAUAUCAUGGCCAAAAAAGAGAAAAUUGAAUUGCUACUCAGAUAGUAUCCUGGCCACUACUCCGAGAAUAAGGCUUCAUCAACGUAUGCUUGCACAUGAAGGUAACUGUUAUAGCACCAAGGGAAGUUUCGAUAGUGCAUCAUUUGAAGAAAUACAGAAGACAACAUCCCCCGUUGGAUCCACAUUGAACUAUGAAGGAGUAAAGGCUGUUUCAGGGAGCCACUUGGAAGAAUUUCAUCAAAGGCAAAAUCAGUGUGAGAGAGAGCCUUGCCAGGUGAACUCUUGCUCCAAAAGUACGGACCAACUCACAGAUACUUGUUUGCCAAAUCAGAGCACAAAUGUUUUUCCUUCUCUCAAUCUGGCGGAUGAAUCCAGGACUUUUAUAUCAAAUGGAAUUUGCAACAGUGGUGCACCAAUAUGUAUAUUAGAAGGAUCUGGACCUCCUGGAAAUGAUGCCCAUGAUGGAUUGGAUAGUUCAGCAACUAUUGUUGAUUACUGUGAUCUACAGGCUAUAGAGAAGAGAGAAAUUUGUCCUCUUGAGAAGGAUUUACAAACCUAUUCAAGUGUUAGGGAUGAUUUGGUGAAUAAUAAUGAGUUCGUACCAGAAUUUGAAGGAUUUAGCAUAGCAAUAUCCCCUACACUGGGAAAUGAUGCUUAUUCCAAUUCUGGGUUUCCACCUCUCUCUUUAAAUAUCCAAACAAGUAGUUUAACAAGUCGGGUUACACCUACAAACUCUCCAUUAGGAUACUCUAAAAUCAAUAAAAUUCCUGAUGUUUUUCAGUCAUUGCCUAAUGGUCUCUUGGGGAACAUGAACUUAAAUGACCCCCUUUAUCUUCAUAAUGAUUAUGGAAAGCCAUUUAGGACAAAUGAACAUGCCCAAGCAUCUCUACACAGUAGUUUAGAGUCGGUUUUUGACUUUUCAUGCAUGGAUAGUUCGUAUUCUCAUAAUGCAUCAUCUUCUUGUGAUACAUUUGAUGGGGCAUCCAGUAAACCUCCUCUGACACCACCAAUUGAAAGCUCCAGCUUGAGAAGAGUUUCAGGGAAAAGUGGUUCUGGUUCACAAACAUUGGUUACUAAUCCUGAACUUGUGUGCUUCCGAAUUGAUGAGGAUUCUACCACUUUGGAGGAUAAUGAGCAUUCAGAUGAAUUAGGCAUCUCUGAUAAGGGAACUUGCUUAAAAGAAAUCAAAGCUCUUGAUGAUCGAGAGCCACUUAGAGAUAUAUCCUCAAUAUAUAGAAAUACACAAAACUCCUGUCCGCUCAUCAAGGUUAUUCCAGGAAAUAGAAGUCAUCAAUCCUUGGAUACAAAAUUCUCUUAUGGAACUGAAAUUAAUGUUCAUUCAUCCCUGGGAAGCUCUUAUAGCAACAACACAGAUCAGAUGGGAGACAUUGAGAAUCAAUGCUUUCCAGUCAAUGGGGAUAAAGAUAGGAGCAUUGCUAAAUCUUUAAGUAACAGGUCUAGUGAACCUGAACUAAAUACAAAAAAAUUGGGGAGAAAUAGAAGCCAAGCAAGCAUCCAAAAGGGAUAUAAGCCAAAUAAUAUUGUUUCCAAUGUAUCCUCUUUUAUCCCCAUGAUUAAGAAACAGCAGCAAGCAACAACAACAAAAGGAAAGAAAGAAAUUAAAGUGAAAGCACUAGAGGCUGCUGAGGCUGCAAAGCGACUUGAAGAAAAAAGGCAAAUUGAACGGGAAAUACGAAAAGCAGCUGCAAAGCUCGAGCGUGAAAGGUUAGAGCAGAAGAAGCAACUAAAACUAAAACAAAUGGAGGAAAAAAGAAGAAAGGAAGCAGAAAGGUUAGAACAUGAGAAACAACUCAAGCAAAAUCAACUGGAGGAUAAAAGAAGAAAGGAAACUGAAAUUGCAGCUAGGAAGAGGCAACGAGAAGAAGAAGAUUGGAAGGAAAGAGAAAGAAAAAGAAGAUGCAAUGAAGAUACUCAGAAGUUGCAACGAGAACAAGAAGAAAGGUUACGCACAAAGAAAGAAGAGAAGGAACUUCGAUUUAAAGCUCUAGUUGAUGAUGGAAAGAAGAAAGGUCUAAUGCAAGAUCCUAAGCAACCUCUGAAAUUGAAGGAAAUUUCUGGGUCUACAAAAACCAAUGAAGUGGAUCCAAUUUCCACUAAGGUGACUACCAGUUCAAACAUCACUAAAGGAAUUAUUCAAGACAGAUUGUCUACUAACAAAAAAAAUCAAGAUUGUGAAUCAUAUGAAAUAUCUCCAUAUAAAGAUUCAGAUGAUGACGAAGACGGAGCAGAUGAAAACUUGCGAAGAAGGAAAAAACACAUUCCAUCUUGGGCUAGAGAUCCCCUGGAAAAACUUUUGCUUCGACAGCAAGACACAAAUCCAUUCGACAUUUUCUUCCGUAAAAAUUCCUUCAGCUUAAACCAAGUUCUAUGCCCUCCUGUUACUCGACGGUUGCCUCUCUGACACGGUGGUGGUCAUUCAGCUCUAUGUUCAUUUUUUGUAAACAUGGAAAAUGAUCCUAUGCGAUGUACCUUGAUACGAACAUUUGGCAAGAAAAUUCUUCCAGUGAUUAAA